CAGUGCUGGAACCGAAGCACAGCCCACCGGCGUCGCUGGACUGAGGUUUCUUCUGGUGCAACACACGGAUACAGAUUCUCCUCAGACUCCCGACACAUACAGCCUAAUAAAGUUUGAUAUAGUUAAAGUAGCUUAUCAGAGUGUCUGCCGUCCGAGCAAGGUCAAAACAAACCCUAACAUCGGUCGUUUUGUCAUCUCCACGAAGCUUGAAACGUCAACGGGACAAUGGCUGAUCAGCUGACUGAAGAGCAGAUUGCUGAGUUCAAGGAGGCGUUCUCGCUGUUUGACAAGGAUGGUGACGGUACCAUCACUACCAAGGAGCUUGGGACUGUCAUGCGCUCUCUGGGACAGAACCCCACUGAGGCUGAGCUGCAGGACAUGAUCAAUGAGGUGGAUGCUGAUGGCAAUGGUACUAUUGACUUUCCUGAGUUCCUGACCAUGAUGGCCAGGAAGAUGAAGGAUACAGACAGUGAGGAGGAGAUCAGAGAAGCCUUCAGGGUCUUUGACAAGGAUGGUAACGGCUACAUCAGUGCAGCAGAGUUGCGGCAUGUCAUGACCAACCUAGGGGAGAAGCUCACUGAUGAGGAGGUGGACGAAAUGAUCCGCGAGGCUGACAUUGAUGGCGAUGGUCAGGUCAACUAUGAGGAGUUUGUCCAGAUGAUGACUGCCAAGUGAAGAGAACAUUGAAAUUUCUCUCAACGUUGCUUGUCCUCCUGAGAUCACUGUCUUUAAGAACCAAAAAAAAGAACAAUUAUCAGAUGAUAAACCAACUUCCCCCCAAAAUCACUGUACAAUUUAACAAUUUGCGCUUAAGUACAUCCAAAAACUUCUAAGGUAUCUGUUUAGCAAACACCAACAGAAUAAUCCCUAGAGAAGUUAAUGGACAAAGCUUUAAGAGGGCUGAAGCCCUGUACUUCAGACCAAGAUUCUGCUGAGUCACCCAGCUCCUGAUUUAAUUUAGAGGCAGGAGCAACACUGAAAAAGGCAGAGGGAUUUGGAGCCCAUGCCACAGUUGGUAUAGAGAAGUUGGCUAUUUCAUUCUUUCCAAUAUUCAACAAAGAACUCUAAAUACUGAAUUGAGUACUCUUCUUGCAUGCAUCCUUUCUGUGGUGGUCUCUUGUCACAUCAAGGAGGCUCUGAUCAGAAGUAGUGGUCAGACUGUGUACACACUGGAGGUAUAUACAUUACUAUAUAGCUAUAUAUCUGUAAAAUUUGUGUCACUAUUGAUUAUUGCAAGAGCAAAUAGUUGCGGUGUAGGGUGUUCGCUGGUGCUCGGUUGCAGUCCUAUACCUUGAAGAGUUCAGACAAGAGCGAGAGACUGAAAAGUGCUAACGUUGUUCUCCUCUUGGGGGUGAUCUGUUGUCUGGUUUUGAGUCGUGGGCUUUACAGCGUGCCUGCAGCACUGAUUGGAGAGCCUAGUAUCUGAUAUUGCUUCAGGAGGAUUAUUGUGAAAACAACACUUGAGGACUGCAGGUAAUAUAUAUAUAUUUGUUCUGCAAUGUUCAGAUACCAGAUAUCCUGUUGAUACAAUAUUGAUGUAAUGCUUUAUAAAUAUAUUCUGAAAUAUUAAUGUAUUGAUGACAAACUUUGGUCACCAAAUAUAUCCAUAUAUAUUAGUGUAUCGUAACGUUUGCAUUGCCUAUUGUCGUAGUAAAUGACCUGUGACAUGUUUUCUCUUUGGUUUUGAAAUGUGCCAUAAUACUCUAACGCCUCAACCUUCUUGCAAGACUCGUAGUUCAUUAGAAUAUAAUGCAUCAACUUAAUAUAACAACGUAUAAAAAUACAUGCAGUUGAACAUAUUAAAAAAAGGUUUUGUUGUAAAAGAAGAAAAAGAAACCAAAUGUCACUGUUGCUGCUGCUAUAAUAACUCAUAUGUUACACUCAUUUAUUGUCCUUGUUGGUGUCUGAUCUUCGAUUAGUCCAGUGAUUCAAACCUCGAUCUGCUUGCUGUUUUACGGAACAAAAUACAUAUACUGUAUAUUCACUAAAACUGGUGGUGGGGAUGACGUUGUGUUUAAUUUGGGCUGUUAGAGUCGGACUUUUAGAUAGGGAUGAAAUUGGGUUGUAGCAAAAAAUUCAGCUUUAGCAGUGAGAUUGUUUAGGUUUUCAUACAGUUGGUUUAAAUUUAAGAAGCUGGUUAGCUGAGGUUAUGAUAUCCUUGACGCAUGAAAAUUAAAUACUGCUCUGCUUGAGGCGUUUAAAUUGGUUAACUUUUGAUCCGGAUGUCGGGGAAGUGAAUGGACUGUUAACUUCUGAAGGUAUCUCAAAAAUGUAAAGCUGGAUAUAUUUUACAGAAAUCAAUAAACUGAGCUCUACUUCA